CGAACCGGACGAAACCGAUAUUAGAUAACUUCCGCUCGAUAUCCGAUAUCAAGUAACUAAAGUGCGACGAGGAAAAAUUUUUUCCAAGAGUGAAAAAAGCUAUAAAAUAGUGCAAGAAAAUUGUUAAAUUUAAGUGCAACGUUUCAAUAAAUAAUUACAUGUUACGAAUGCAUAAGAAUAAAAGCGAGCACAGCCAUUUCGAACCAAAUAAAACAAGUGACGCAAAAACACACACGCACACACACACACAUACUCGCACAUACAAAUAGGCAGCCUCAAUUUUUUUUUUAGAAAGUACAUACAUACAUACGUGAGAAAAAAACAAGUUUGAUUCGUGUGCGUACGCAUGUCGAGUGGAGAGUAGCGGAGACACGGUUGUGGAUGGCUUACAACAACAGAAAAUCAAAUAAUGUUGGUUACAAAAAUACAAGCGAAAGAUAUGCAUAUAACUCUAAUUUUAACAACAAAAAAAACCAUCGAGUACAACAAUUACAUUGGAAAUUGAAAUUUGUGCGACAAAAGCGAGCAACGGCAGUUUUCAUCAACUGGCGGCCAUAUUUACAGCUAAAGCAAGAACAACAAAAACGCGAUCCACGGUAUUGUAAACCUACGUGACAAAAAGCAAGAGUAUAUAAGCGACCAGGAAGACUGAGCAUGAAAUAAGCGUGGAUCACGAAAACAUAACAAAAUUUUAACAUUUUUCAACAAUAACUGUGAAAGUAUAAUACCUAAUAAUAAUAAUAAUAAUUAAAAAAAAUAACACAUUUAAAAACGAAAUAUUCGAAAUAUUAUGGAAAUUGCCCCAUUACUUAAUAACGCCGUUGUCGCAACUGCCGCCGUUGUAUCCACGUCGUCGACGUCACAGCAGAAGCAACGACAGAGGCGCUCCACUGCAGCAGCAGCAGUAGUAACUACAACAACAAAAAACAACAAUAAUCAAAAUGAUAACGUCGACAAUUUGACGUUACUCGCAUCGCUGACGCUGAGCAAGGUGCUUAAUAUAAACAAUAACAGCAACAUCAACAACAUUAAUAAUGGCCAGAGCAAUGAUAGUGCGUUGUCUUAUCAACAAAUGUCAGCAGCUAAGCUGAAAGCGACAACAGCAGCAGCAAUAAAACAACAACAAUCAAUGCUAAUCAUUGAUAACGAAGCUGAAAAAGAUGUAUUAAAUCAAUUACUAAAAACAGGCGCGGUAUUUACAACAGCAACAACGACAGCAGCAUUUAAUAAUGAUGCCACGCCUACAAGCUGCAGCGCGCCCAUUGCCAUUGAUAAGAUUACAGUACAAAAGCUGCAGCAGCAACACCAGCCACAGCAGCAGCAACUACAACAACAGCACUAUCAACAACAAUAUGCAAAUAGCGCACAAAAACAACGUCUUAACUCAUCCAUAUCAUCGACCAAUUCAAGCACAUCGACCAACUCAUCGACGGCCAAUAGCUAUGGCAGCUCCUAUUCCUCCAUCGAAGAUACGACAAAGGCGCUCUCAGCAACAACAACAGCAGCAGCAGUAGCAACAGUAGACACUAUUAAGGCGUCCAGCAUUAAAUUGCCAGAGAAAUCGAAAAUUCCGUCCGAUAUACUCGACGAUCUGGCAAGUCGUUUUAUCAUCAAUGUGCCGGACAUCGAGCUCAACAAUUUAAUACGCAUUUGUUUCCAAAUUGAGCUGGCCCAUUGGUUCUACUUGGACUUUUUCUGUGCGCCCGAAGAUGGAGAUCAAGUAACGCCGCAACAACUAAAACAAAAACGCAAGCUGCCCAUUGUUGGCAUCAAGCAAUUUGCCAUGCAGAUAUUUCAGCACAUUCCCUUUUUGAACAAGCAUUUUGGCACUGUGGAUCAAAUCUUGACAGAGUGGAAGAGUUAUAAAUCGUCAGUGCCCACAUAUGGCGCCAUACUUGUAUCGGAGGAUCUCAAUCAGUGUUUGCUGGUGCAAUCAUACUUUGCUCGCAACUCUUGGGGCUUUCCCAAGGGUAAAAUCAACGAAACCGAAGACCCCGCACAUUGUGCUACCAGAGAAGUAUAUGAGGAGACUGGCUUUGAUAUAACGCACCUCAUUGAUGCUGAUGAUUAUAUUGAGGCUCAGAUUAAUUAUCAGCUUACACGCUUGUAUAUAGUGCGUAAUGUACCAUUAAAUACGCAUUUUGCGCCACGCACACGCAACGAGAUUAGAAGCUGUGAAUGGUUUUGCAUUGAUGCAUUGCCGAUCAACAAGAACGAUGCUAUUUCGAAAGCCAAACUGGGCAAGAACUCAAAUUCCUUUUUCAUGAUCAUACCGUUCGUGAAGCGUUUAAAGCAUUGGGUUAACGAGCGACGCAACGGCAUUGAGCGGCCAGUGGUACGUCGACGUAAGGUCUCGGGACAGCAGAGUCCAAAGACUAAUAACAACAAUGGCAACCACAUAAAUGCAGAAGCAUCGCCCCUAGUUCUAAUAAGCAGCUGCAUCAAGAAGGAAACACGUGCAGCAAUUCGUCGCCAGCGGCACAAGUCAAUGGGGGAUUUGGAUGGUGUUAAAUUGAAUAAUCUCAAUGGCAAGGGCGCUGGUACUAAUGCUGUGGCUCUCACUGCAAGCAACAUUAGCAAUAGCAAUGGCAAGCGUAAUAGCAACAACAACAACAUGAACGGCAUUAGGCUGAUGAAUGCGUUGCUGGCUGCAGGCAGCAAUACAGCAACAAUAGCGAUUGCCUCCAUAACAGAGACGACGCCAACACCAACAACAAAUGUGGUUGCAGCAACUAGCAAGCGUCAAUUGUUUCACAGCCAAAGCCAAAACGAUGAGCAGCAGCAAGUGGCAAGCAAUGAGAAGAUUGUCAGCUCUUUUGAUUUGAUACGCAAGGAGAAGCAACAGCAGCAGAAGGCGGCGGCUAAGGCUCAAAAGCAGCAGCAACGAUCACGCGCAAAAUCGCAAAGUGAUAAGCAAAGCAAUCAAAUGGUUGUAAAAAGCAUCUUAACCAGACCCAAAGCACAGCAGCAACAGCAGCAACAACAACAUCAACAACAACAACAACAACAACAACAGCAGCAGCAGCAACAACAACAAACAAAAACAACUGGCAUGGAUUUAAUUGCCAUGCUCAAAGCAGCAUCAGCGGCUGCACAAAAUACAGGUAAUCCGGAGCAACAAAAACAACGUCCACGGCCAGCUUCAGUUACCUUGAAUACGCCAGCAACAACAACAGGCACUAACAACAAUAACCACAGGAGCAGCAUGACUCCAGACGCCCAAUUAUCAAAACAACUACAGCGCAUGUCAUCGGGCACCAAUCUGCGCAUAUUAAAACGCGCACAGUCUCAACAGCCGCUCACUUCACAGCAACAGCAAGAGGAGCAACAACACCAGCAACAGUUGCAACAACAAGGGCCAUUAAAUUUUACGCCCAACAUUAAUUCGUGGACGAAUUUUUCAUUCACCAAAAAUUUUAUUGCAAAUGUGUUUUGCUAAAUCAUUGAAAGCAACAUUUAAGAAAAGAUUUCUCUUCCCAAUAAGUUCUGAAAUUUAAAAUACUCUGUUUUUUCGCAUUGUAAGCUAAAGGCCAGUUUAUAGAAAGCAUUUUGAUUGAAGAUCUGGCGCUCUGUUGUCGACAUGUAUAAGAAUUGUGCAAAAUUUUGUAUAUAGGCAGGCAAUGAUUGUAUAAGGAUUUUGUAUUUAAAUAACAAUUUUCAUACAAACUAAAAAUGAAAAAAAGGAAAGCUAUGAUAUAAGCAUAUAACACGUGAGUCUUCCGCUCAAGCGCACGUAACCAAAAUUUUAUAUAUAUAAUU